AUGCGGCUCGAUCCCGACAAUUUUUUCGGCUCGCUGGCGCUCAGCCUGGUAGCGCGGCUGGCCGGCCUAUGGAUAGGGCUUCUCGAGCGCACUUGCCGGUAUCGAAUUGUCAGUGGCGGCAAGCACCUAGAGGCUCUGCUGGCCGAGCCCCGACCGGUGAUCUUCUGUUUCUGGCACAACCGGCUGCUGUUAGCGGCGCCGUACUUGUUUCACCGGGUCCACCGGCGCGGGCUGGAGAUCACCGUGCUGGCCAGCCAAUCGCGCGACGGCGAGCUGGCCGCCCGGUUGGCCGGAGUCUGGCGACUGCGCACCGUGCGCGGCUCGGCCACCCGCGGGGGACGCCAGGCGAUGCGCGGCAUCUACCGCGCCAUCGCCCGUCACCGCAGCUCACCCAUCAUGAUUCCCGAUGGUCCCACCGGGCCAAUCUACAAGUUCAAGCCGGGGGUUGCCGUGCUGGCACAGAUGUCCGACGUGCCGAUCCUGCCCCUCGGGCUGGCGGCGCGGCGCCGCCUCCGCGUUGGGUCGUGGGACCGGUUGAUGGUGCCGUGGCCCUUCAGCCGGGUCGCGAUCGCUGUCGGCGCACCGCGUCCGGUGCCUCGCGGGUUGAGCUCCGAGGAGUUCGCAGCGGCCGUCCGGGAUCUCGAAACCAUCCUCGACGACCUUACCCUGACCUGCGAGGGUGAGGUCGACUCACCGGACGAACAUCGGCCGGCCACCGACGACCUCAGCCGCUGA